UUGUGUUCGCUCACUUCCUCUGCUGUUCUGAGUCGGACAGGACUUGGCCUGAUCCAACAGAGCCCCUCCGUAGCCAUUUUGGUCCCACCUAAAAUACGAUCUUCAUUCGUAAUCGGAGAUGGAAGAUCAAGAGCCAACAGCAAGUCCGAAAGCUCAACUGUUUUGAACAGCGAUACAGACGGAAAUCAGGACAAAAACUUAAAGGAAUUAUUUGCGAUCGUUAAAGAGCAUUCCGCAGUGACUAGCCUAGAUUGUAGUCGCUCUGUUUCGAAUGAGUUCAAUUUAACAGGCCGUGUAUGGCACUUCAGAAUGGGAAAAGAUGGGUAUUGGCCUCCAUUCUGUAUGUAAAGUGUUAGACGUAUACCAUGGUAAUGAGUUAGCGUUACUUGGAAAUAGAUGUCAUUAUCCAGUUAUUUUUGUGUCCUCUGGACAUCUUGACACAUUUCAGUUGGAUGGACCGAUGUUGAGACAGUCUCCCAAAUUCAUGAUUUUGGCUCAGAAUCAAGAGUAAAAUCGCUUCCACUCGAUUUGCCAGAUGAGGUGCAGUAUUUAAUCAUCUUGGAAAUACAGCGUUCAUCGAAAAUGUCAACAAAACCUCAACUACCUACAGUCAAUGAGAAAGAGGCGGAGAGCCAUAUGCCUCAAAGCAAUGGACGCCAGGAAGUCACCGCCCGCUCUGUCCGCUCAGGGGUCCGCACCCGGAACAGUUGCGGCGACGAGCAGCCUCAUGUGGGGAACUACCGACUUCUGAAGACUAUCGGGAAGGGCAACUUCGCUAAGGUCAAGUUGGCCCGCCACAUCCUUACUGGCAGAGAGGUGGCAAUAAAGAUUAUCGAUAAAACACAACUGAAUCCCAACAGCCUUCAAAAGCUCUUCAGAGAAGUAAGAAUAAUGAAGCUUUUAAACCACCCAAAUAUUGUCAAGUUGUUUGAGGUGAUUCAGACAGAGAGGACACUGUACCUGGUAAUGGAGUAUGCCAGUGGAGGAGAGGUCUUUGACUACCUUGUUGCACAUGGAAGGAUGAAGGAAAAAGAGGCCAGAGCUAAAUUUAGACAGAUUGUAUCUGCUGUGCAGUACUGCCACCAGAAAAACAUUGUUCAUAGAGACCUGAAGGCAGAGAAUCUGCUUCUGGAUGCAGAUAUGAACAUAAAGAUAGCAGACUUUGGUUUCAGUAAUGAGUUCACCAUGGGCAACAAGCUGGACACGUUCUGUGGCUCCCCGCCCUACGCUGCACCAGAACUGUUCCAGGGCAAGAAGUAUGACGGGCCUGAAGUAGAUGUCUGGAGCCUGGGGGUCAUCCUCUACACGCUGGUCAGCGGAUCACUGCCCUUUGAUGGGCAGAACCUCAAGGAGCUAAGGGAACGUGUUUUAAGGGGGAAGUACCGUAUCCCUUUCUACAUGUCCACUGACUGUGAGAACCUCCUCAAGAGAUUUCUGGUGCUCAACCCGGCCAAGCGGGGGACUCUCGAGGUGAGGGAGGACAGCGAAAAUCAAAUCAUGAAGGACCGAUGGAUAAACGCAGGAUCGGAGGAGGACGAGCUAAAGCCUUUCGUAGAACCAGAACAGGACAUCACAGAUCAGAAGAGAAUAGAUGUCAUGGUGGGGAUGGGCUACUCUCUAGAGGAGAUCCAGGAGUCACUGGCCAAGAUGAAGUAUGACGAGAUCACUGCCACCUACCUGCUGCUGGGGAGAAAGUCUUCUGAGCUGGAGCCCAGUGAGUCAACGUCCAACAGCAACCUGUCCCUGGCUAAACCUCGUCCCACCAGUGAGCUCAACAGCCAGUCCCCAUCCCACCUCAAAGUCCAAAGGACUAUCACCUCCAACCAGAAACAGAGACGCUACAGUGAUCAGGUGGGUCAGAAUGUUCCACCAGCAUUAGGAAAUCCCAAGCGGAGCCUGGCCAGCACGGCGGAAAACCACAUCAAAGAGGAGGGAGGGGUGCAGCUCCGGAAACCCAACCCUCCAGGGGGACGCAUUGUGCUGCCCUCCAGCCCCCUGAUGGGGAACGCCACCAACCCCAACAAGGCUGAUAUUCCCAAUGGCAAGAAGAGCGCUCCCGUCGUCCCCAACAAUAACACCGGCUCUGGUGGGAUGACCAGGAGAAACACGUAUGUGUGCAGCGACAGGAAUACUACCGACCGGCUCUCUGUCAUUCCCAAUGGGAAAGAGAACAGUGUGGCGGUGUCUCCUGGCCAGCGGAACCCUGUGGCAUCCACCCACAGCAUCACCAGCACCACCACGCCAGACAGACUGCGUUUCCCACGAGGCACGGCGAGCCGCAGCACCUUCCACGGCAGCCAGUUGAGGGAGCGGCGCACAGCCACGUACAACGGGCCACCGGCGUCACCCACCCUGUCCAACGACGCCGCGCCCCUUUCCCAGACUCGCAGUCGCGGCACCAGCAACCUCUUUUCCAAACUUACCUCAAAACUCACACGCAGAAACAUGUCAUUCAGGUUUACCAAAAGAGUCUCAACAGAGUUUGAGAGAAACGGGAGAUUUGAGGGCUCAAGUCGCCAUGUACCUGGGGAUCAGAAAGGGGAAAAUAAAGACGGUAAACCCCGCUCCCUCAGAUUCACUUGGAGUAUGAGGACCACCAGCUCCAUGGAGCCUUGUGACAUCAUGCAGGAGAUCCGCAAGGUGCUCGAUGCCAACAACUGCCACUACGAACAGCAAGAGUGUUUCCUACUGCUCUGUGUCCAUGGUGAUGGACAUGCUGAGAACCUUGUCCAAUGGGAGAUGGAGGUGUGCAAAUUGCCCCGCCUCUCCCUCAAUGGGGUGAGAUUCAAGAGGAUAUCAGGCUCAUCCAUUGCUUUUAAAAACAUUGCUUCCAAAGUCGCCAAUGAGUUAAAGCUAUGAACAAAAAGGGCACAACUAUAUCUAGAAAGUAUUUAAGCUGUACAAUCAUUAAAGUAGCAGUUUCCAAAUGUUUUUAAACAAUAUACACAGAGUAUGUAUUGAAUUAUUAUAAUGUAUAGAGAGUAAUGCUUUUGGCAAUAAUUACCAAUAACUACAGUACAGUAUAUAAUCUGGUCAUGUUGGGCCAUCAUGAGUUUAAUAUGGUUUGUCAUGCUGUGAAAAUGUAUGAGCAUUUUAGUCUUUGAUAUUAUUUAUUUAAUCUUCUCAUGACAGCAUUGUUUUCAGUGUAAAUAAUGUAUUUUACUUUCAAGAUAGCACAUUGUUAUACUCCAUUUUCUUUUAUAUACUGUAUUGUUUGAAAGUAGAUGGAAUUCAUGUAAAAGCUCACAGGGUAAGAAUACCAGUGUCUCAAUAAAAAUGUCUAAACUUGACUCAGGGCAUACUUAAUAUACAGUGCAGUCAAAAUGUAUUGGGAAAGUGACACAUGUUGCUGUUUUAGCUCUCUACACCAGCACAUUGGAUUUUAAAUUUUAAAAAUAUAGCUAAGAGGUUAAAAGUGCAGAUUUCAGCUUUAAUCGUGUAGGAUUUUAAAGUAUUUUUUUAUACAUAGUUAAUCUUAAAUAAAGUUGUCAUAUUUGCUACUUAAUUGUAAGUCCUUUGCAUUCAAUGACUGCCUGAAGUCUGUGACCCAUAGACAUCAAGACAUCUAGGGUAUCUUACCAGGUCAUGUUCUGCCAGACCUGUUUCGGGGCAUUUUUGCCUUUAGGUGAGAUUCAGGUCAACCGGAUUCAGGUUGGGCAGUUGAUUUGGCCAGUCGGAAACAUUUCACUCUUAGGCACUAAAAGUAAUUGGGGUCUUUGUCCUGCUCCAAGUUGCUGUUCAAUUGAGGCAUUUGGUUGGAUCAGAGUAGACUGUGUUUCUGUACACUUCAGAAUUCAUACUGCUGCCAGAUGAAUAAAGACACAUGAGCCAGUUCAAGUGGCAGCCAGACAUGCCCAAAACAUCAGACAAGUUGAUAUGCCAGUCACUUUCAUUCUGCUAUCACUCUGGUUCAUGUACAUUUUUCUCUAUCGUCCAUAUGACCUUUUUCCCGGAACACUGCAAGCAGUUUUUGGUAUUUAAGCAAUUGUGUUUUUGAGGCUAUUCGGUUUUUGCAACUCCUACUGCCUUGAUGACUCAGUUUAUAUUUUUUCAUUAUGGUGAGCAUUCUUUGGUAACACAGUAGAAGUCUUCCUUGGUCUACAAAGUCAUUUGCCAUUGCUUAGCUAACCAGUGCUUCGUUUCUUGAUUUACCAAAGAGUUGAUUUUGGUACAACGGUUUAUUUCUGAUCUAUAAUUAGGUCUGCAUAUUGAUCCUCAUGUUAGACACAAGCAAUUGACUCCAGAUGCAAAGACUUGAUUUAAAACUACAUUGACAGGUCUCUUUUGCAUGCAUUUAUGUAAACAAACACCUUCCCAAAAAGAAAAAUGUGAAGCCAAUAAUUCUUAGCAGGUUUGGUACCCUUAAAAGUGGGGGACUAUGGACAAAACAUGCUGUUACUUCUAUAUGGUUCAUCUGAUAUGGAUGACAGUAGCCUGAAAUUAAAUCUGACAGUAUGUGCUUUAAGCCAAUUGUCAUUGUAUUAUUUCAAAUCCAGUGUGCUUGAGUAGAGCAAAAACACCAAAACCUGUGUCACUGUCCAAAUACUUAGACUGCACUGUAUGAGGAUUUGCGUCACCACAAAUGAAAUAGUAUAGAAACAAAUACAUUGAAAUGUUUUUAUUUUCAUGUUUUCGGAUCCACACUCACAAUGAGGGGACCUUGUGUGAGUGUAAGUGCUCUUUAAUAAAGAGUGCAAUCCA